UUACUUUCACUUUGUUAGUAUUUUUCCCGUGGUGGUAUUUUCGUGUAGUCAAUCUGCGGUACCACCGGCGGCAAACUCCUGAUUGUAAACAAAAGAAGCUGCGAAAUUAUUUGUAGUUAAACCAACCAUGAGGGAGACCAAUCCCAGUGAGACGGAUUCCCCAAGGGAAGAGCAAAACGCAGAAGACGAUUCAACGAAUCAAUCCCCGCCGGAAACAGUUUUAACUCCCGCAACGACCAGUGCCGGCAACAUUUUUGGACCUGAGGAGGAUGAGAACGAAGCCGAUUCCGUGGAUCGGGACGAUUCCGCCAGCCUGUUCAGCACCACCACAACAACCACCAGGAGCAAAUCGCCCAACACGCGAAAGCUAAACCGCCUGUGCCGACGGGCCAAGGCUCCGAAAAUGGUGCCACCGCUUUACAAGUACAGCUGUCAUGUGCGUGAGGACCACAACCACCAGAUCUUUGGGGUGCAGUUUAAUCCGUUUCUGGACAGGAAUCAGCCGCAGGUGUUCGCCACCGUGGGCAAGGAUCGGGUUUCAAUAUACGAAUGCGAAAGGAGCAGCGAGGAUGAGUCUGGUGAAGGCAUCCGGCUGCUCCAGGUCUACGCGGAUCCAGACACCGAUGAAAGCUUCUACACGUGCGCCUGGUCAUACGACGUCGAGACCGGAGAUCCUGUACUGGCCGCAGCUGGCUACCGUGGCGUUAUCCGUAUCUUCAAUCCCGUAAAGCAUCAGUGCAGCAAGAACUACAUUGGCCAUGGGCACGCCAUCAACGAGCUGAAGUUUCAUCCGGUUAGACCGCAGCUACUGUUGUCCGGCAGCAAAGAUCACUCGCUGCGGCUGUGGAACAUUCAGUCGGACGUGUGCGUAGCCGUUUUUGGUGGCGUCGAGGGCCAUCGCGAUGAGGUGCUAUCCAUCGACUUUGAUUUGCGGGGCGAUCGCAUAAUGUCCAGCGGAAUGGAUCACUCGCUGAAGCUGUGGCGGCUGGACAAGCCGGACAUAAGGGAGGCCAUUGAGCUGAGCUCUGGCUUUAGUCCCAACAAGAACACGGCACCGUUUCCGACCAUCAAGGAACAUUUUCCGGACUUUUCUACGCGCGACAUACACCGAAAUUACGUGGAUUGUGUUCAGUGGUUCGGUGACUUUGUCUUUUCCAAGUCCUGCGAGAAUUCGAUUGUCUGCUGGAAGCCGGGCAAACUCUCGGCCCCUUGGCGGGAGAUUCAGCCGCAGGAGUCGGCCACCACGGUGCUGCAUCACUUCGACUACAAGAUGUGUGAGAUUUGGUUUGUGCGCUUCGCCUUCAACGCCUGGCAGAAGAUACUGGCCCUGGGCAAUCAACAAGGCACCACAUUCGUGUGGGAACUGGACUGCAACGACCCGAAUCUGACCAAGUGCAGUCAGCUGGUGCAUCCCAAGAGCAACUCGACCAUCCGGCAGACUUCCUUCUCCAAGGACGGCUCGAUUUUGGUAUGCGUCUGCGAUGACAGCACCGUGUGGCGAUGGAAUCGCGUUAAUUAGUUGACUUGGAAGCCCGGAAGAUUUGUCGUAAUUUAUUUUAUUUUAUUACCAUCUCAUGGUAUUUACGGGAGACCUCCCAAUUCCAAAGGAAUAUUUCUAUUUAAUAUUUAUUUAUUUAUUUACUUCUCAAUAUUGUAACCCCUUUUUUUAGGUU